CUGAACUGUCACAGAAUGAAACCAGCACUCUUCAGCGUUCUCUGUGAGAUCAAAGAGAAGACAGUGCUGAGUAUACGAGGUGUGCAGGAAGAGGACCCCCCAGAUCCACAGAUCAUGCGAUUGGAUAACAUGCUGCUUGCAGAAGGUGUGUCAGGACCAGAAAAGGGUGGAGGAUCAGCUGCAGCAGCUGCAGCUGCAGCAGCAGCAGGAGGCUCACCCACCGACAGCAGCAUUGAACACUCGGACUACAGAGCCAAGCUUACCCAGAUCCGUCAGAUAUAUCAUUCUGAGCUGGAGAAAUAUGAACAGGCCUGCAGUGAGUUCACCAACCAUGUAAUGAACCUGCUGAGGGAGCAGUCUCGCACACGGCCCAUCUCUCCCAAGGAGAUUGAGCGCAUGGUGGCCAUAAUCCACCGCAAAUUCAGCUCCAUUCAGAUGCAGCUCAAACAGAGCACCUGUGAGGCCGUCAUGAUCUUGCGUUCACGCUUCCUUGAUGCCAGACGUAAGAGACGCAACUUCAACAAGCAAGCUACAGAAGUGCUGAAUGAGUAUUUCUACUCCCACUUGUCUAAUCCUUACCCUAGUGAGGAAGCAAAAGAAGAACUGGCCAAAAAGUGUGGGAUCACUGUAUCUCAGGUCUCUAAUUGGUUUGGCAACAAGAGAAUACGCUACAAGAAGAACAUCGGUAAGUUCCAGGAGGAAGCAAACCUCUACGCAGUAAAGACGGCGGUGGAUGCUGCCAAUGUGUCGGCACAGGCCAGCCAGGCCAAUUCUCCAGCAACACCCAACUCAGGUGACACUUACCUUGGCCUGCGUUCCCUCAACGGUGAGGGUCUGAACUUCGCCCCCUCUCUACAGCCUCAGGUGGAUACCCUGCACCGUGCUACACACCUGACGGACGGUUAUGAGGAGUUGUCGAGUAGUGGCCUCUUCAUCCCUCAUCGUUUGGAUACUAACAGCUGGCAGGACACCACCAACACCCCYUUGGUUACCUCCCCUCCUGGUCCUCCUGGUAGUGUCCACUCCGACACUUCCAACUGAUUUGGUGGCUCUUCUCACUUUAACUUCAUUUCAACUGCGGUCUUCUCUGAUUACCAUCGUUUGUCCCUAUUUUUCAUAUCCUCCUUGUCAACAAGCCACAUAAAGUUGUAAACACAUUUCAUGCACACGCGCUGUGCUGGAACCAAGGACAGCUGUACAGUAGUUAGGAGGAUUUCUCCCUUCGGCUCUAUUCCAGUGCUCCAAUCUUCAUAAGUCACAAUUAAAGGGGAGUGGAGCACACAAAUACUAAGAAAAUACCCUUACGGUCAAGGACGUUUUGAAAACCACUGAUCCAGCUGUGUAGAUGAUCAUGAUGUCUGUACAUUAUGUGUAUAUGCACGUUAACUUUACACAGUGCUCUCACAGCUUGUUCAUGUGCUGUUGACCUCCACAUUCAACUCUUUGCUUUGGGAAACUGUGCGUAAUUGCCCGUAUCUGCUGAAGCCUUGGCAUCUGACAGCCAAACUCUGGAUACGGACCACCAGGGAGCUCUGCUCACCUUGCUUGUACCAAAGUGCUGCCCCAGUGUUCCUCUGAGAUUACCCUCUGCCAGCUCAACACGACACACCGUCGCAUCUCCGUGUCCUUAUAACUCGACGUGUCAUCCUGUUAGGAUUUCGAAAACGAAAGAAAACUGCGACGUGCACAGAGAGGUGCAUGCGACGACCCGCCAAACACACAUAUCACAACUUCUCAGCUGUUUUCAUAUYGCGCUGACAUCAAAGGUGUGUCGAGCACAAACGUUGGCAACCUUGAUAUGGGCUUUUACCUUUUUUCAAAGGUAUUAAGGUGGACCACUUUCUAAACACAGCAGGACAAGUGAUAAUUGGGUUGAUGAGAAGGAGAAUAAGGCAAAGAGGAGAAUAUCUUUGGUUGAGUGGCUGUAACUAAUGGCCCUUUUUGUUGCUAACCAAUAGAGGGUGUUGGUAGAUGGCUUGUAGAAUUUACUUCUUACUUUCUUGUUUACUAGUUCAUUUGAUUGUAGGCUAUUUUUUAAUGCUGUUUCACCAAGAAUGCACCAGCCACCACCAAAAAUUAGUUCACUAAAGCAUCUUAAUGGCAAGAAAAGAAUGGUGAAACGACUGUGGGGCAUCGAUGUGUUAUUGGGUCAAACGUGACAUGAGUUUAGAAAUGUGACYGUCUUCCAUGCAUGUAGGACUUCUAGGUGUGAAAUUGUUUUCAUUUAAUCUUCCGAGUUUUUAAGCAUAAUUUUUAUUAACAGAAAAGGUAAAAUUAUUACAGUCAGACCAAAAAUGAUAAAAAUGCAUCAUGUAUUGCUAUGAUGUGUGUCUGUGUGGGCAUGUGUACAGGGUUCAGGGGAUGUCUUAGUCACACUGGCUGGUGCCCGUUUGAACUUUUGUAAGCAUUAUUUAGACUUGGUGCUUCCACCAGCUAAUAGCACACAAGAUAGGGUUCAGCUGAGAUUUCCUUCGCAUCUUGUAACGUAAAAGCUUGAGAGCCCAAGGCAACACAUCACAACCUAUCGUUGUACCAAAACCAAAAAUACCAAGUUCAGAAAUGUAAUAAUGCUAUUCUGUCUCUUUAAAAAGGUGGCGCGCAGCCAUCCUCUUACGUUCGAGGAGGGGAGGGAUUAUAUUCGUAUCCGUGUCUCUUUGUGGUGUUGUCAUGCCUCAAGUUGUUUUAAUUUUUGUUUUGUUUUAUUUUGUUAUGGGGCUUACUUAAGUUUCUGGGUGGAGUAAACACAUCACACCUGUAAUUUGAUUGUGAGCAUAACAGAAAUACUUUCCCCUUUUCUCUAUCCUUUAAUAACCUCUGGUUAUAAAAAGAAACAMCAGUUUUUGUUCUGUAGCUAAUUGGGUAAGGGCUUCUCUCCUCUGUUACCAAAUAAAAAAAAAGGCAGCACUGGGUGUAGUAAAAACUUACAUGUGAGACAAACCUGCAACGUUUUGGGGAUUUUCAUCUUUUUGGAACUAUUUUAUACAUUAAAUGUUAUUCGAAUAAGAAAGCAUUUUGCUAGUAAUAAGAUUUUGUUCAAACAUGUUACAGAACAAGACCUGAGCUUGAAAGCUAGUYACAUAAUCUCACAUUGAAUUUCUUUUGUUACUCUCAGCAGUUUGUACAGCUGCAUCGUGUGAGUAAUGUCGCCACACCAAAAUCUCAUGCGUGCCCCUUUUUCUACCUGUUGUAAUGGAUGUCACUGUACAGUUUGUGUAAUGUUUCAGUAUUCUUUCUUUUCUUUUUAUAAAAAAGUUGAGAUAUAUCUCACAAUAUUCAAUAACUCUGUAUCACCUUUGAAUAUUAUUUAGGUUUUUUUUUCGUUAUGUAACCAAGUUGCAAUGUAGGGUUAACAUAUAUAACAUGGUGCUGUGGAACUAAGAAGUCUCUCUUAUGGACUUGUUUUGAGUUGAACCCCCCCCCUUCUUGUUUGAUUCCUUUUUUCAUUUACUCACUCAAGUAGGACACCUAAUUGAAAAACACUAAUCAUUAAAGUAAAACCUCACACUUAAAUACCAGAUGUCAAUAUAUCCUGUUUGUGGCCCCUUGCUUUUUGCAGCAGAGCUGUAAUUCUAACAUUUAAAAACCAUAUUUCUAUACKGUCAAACAUUUUUGAUUUUGCGAGUUCCACAGCACCAAAUGGCUUUAUGACCUUUUUUUUUAUUUCUUUGUUUUUAUUAGUAUAUUUGUAUCUCCCUUUUCCCCUGUAUUUACCCCUCUCUCUACCUCUGUCUUUCCAUUUCUCUUGUAUAUAACCCCACUGUUUUCAGACUUGUGAGUCUGUAUAAACUCCUUUUAUACCUCAACUUUAGAAUCGAUCUAGAAAGAGUAAAACAAAAACAAAGAAUAUGACAAAUUGUAGUGUUCUUAAUAGGAAAUUAUUAAAAAAUAAUUUAGUGUGGUUUUCUUUUCUUCAGUAUUUCAUUUUAGGAGUGUUUCAUUUUAUAAUUUGUCACAAAUGCUCUUGUGAUAGUCAAAUGUAAUAAAAGGAGAGAUUGCACCA